AUGCCUGGCAUGGCUUGGCUGAUGGUGCUCCUCCUGUUGGCCCUGCUGGGGGCCGCCCGGCUCUGCUGGCUGCGUGCUCCCGCGAGGAACAAGAUCUCCAGGGCACAGAAGCGUAGGGCAGUGGCCCUGCAGCAGAUGGAGGCUCUGGCCGAGCGUCUCUGGCAGCAAGAGCCCUCCCUGGACCCCAAGGCCAUCCUGGAGCUGCCCCUGGAGAGGCUGGCCCAGAAGCUGCAGGAUGACGAGCUCAGUCUGGAGAGCGUCCUCUGUAGCUACUUAGAGGAGGCACUGAAGGUACAUAAGGAGGUAAACUGCCUCACGGAUUUCCUGGGCGAGUGUGAGGAGCAACUGCAGGCAUUGAAGAAGCUCCAGAAGACUGAGAGGGGCCUCCUCUAUGGGGUCCCCAUCAGCCUGAAGGACACCUAUGACUGCAAGGGCCAUGACUCUACGUGCGGCCUGGCCCAGUUCCUGGAGAAGCCAGCAGCCAAGGACGGGGUCAUUGUGGAAGUGCUCAAGGCUCAGGAAGCUAUUCCCUUCGUUAAGACCAACAUCCCACAGACGCUGUUCAGCUUUUAUUGCAGCAACCCCAUCUGCGGACAGACCCUGUACCCUCUGAAUUUGAAGAAGACACGUGGGGGCUCCUCAGGGGGUGAGGGAGUCAUGCUGGCACAACGGGGUUCCAUCCUGGGCAUGGGGACCGACAGUGGGGGCAGCAUCCGCAUACCAGCCAGCUUUUGUGGUGUCUGUGGCUUGAGGACCACCGGAUACCGCCUCAGCUACUCCGGAGUUGCAGUUGCUGUCAAGGGAGAGAAAUCAGUGACUACAGUGGCUGGCCCCAUGGCCCGGGAUGUGGAGAGCCUGGUGCUGUGUUUGCGAGCACUGCUAAGUGAAGACAUGCACCGGCUGGAUCCCACCGUGCCUUUUAUGCCCUUCAGGGAGGAGGUGUACUCCAGUAACCAGCUCCUUCGAAUAGGUUACUGUGAAUCUGAUGGCUUCACCCAGCCAACUCCUAGCAUGGCCAGGGCCAUGAGGCUCACCUCCAGGCUGCUCCAGGAUGCAGGACAUCAGAUCAUCCCCUUCUCCAUCCCCCGUAUAGAGUAUGCUGUCCAACACCUGUUCAUGGGAGGUCUGUUUGGCGAUGGAGGGGCCACCCUUCUGGAAAAGCUUGAGGGGGACAUUGUGGACCCUUGCAUAAAGACAACCGUCAAUCUGCUCCGUCUGCCAGGCCCACUCAAGGGUUUCUUGGCCCGUAUCCUGAAGUACAUAGAGCCCCGAGCUAGCCAGAAGAUGAAAGAGAUUCAUGGCGUGGGGAUUCCCAAGAAACUGUGGGAGCGUCACACAGCUGUGGAGGAAUAUAAGCAAGAGUUCAUAGCCAAGUGGAGGUCCCUGGAUCUAGAUGUACUGCUGACGCCAGUUCUGGCCCCUGCCUUCUGUACAGGCUAUUCUAACAUUACAAUAGAUGUCUCCUCCUACUUGAGCCUGUACAACGUCCUCAACUUCCCCGCUGGCGUGGUGCCGGUCACCACUGUGACGCUGCAGGACGAGGAGGAACUGGUCUUCUACAAGGGAUACUACGAAGAUACUUCUGACAGAUGUUUCCGGGAGGCAGUACAAGGAUCCAUAGGACUUCCUGUGGCUGUGCAGUGCGUUGCUUUGCCAUGGGAAGAAGAGCUGUGUCUCCGGUUCAUGAAGGAGGUGGAGACCUUGGCCAAGAACCACAGGGAACCCGAGUGAUGGGCUACUCCUCGCUGAGGCCUUCCUACAUCCUCACCCAAGUCUGCUCCCGAUGCCCCUUCUCAUGAAUACUCUAUCUGCUGUGUGUUUCCUCCUCCCAGAAGCCCACCAGAUUCCUUUGCUUUGUUGUCCUUCUGUGUGAGUAUUCAAUACACGGACUCCUCAGAUUGGCCCAAGAUGGGGCACAGGGUGAGGGCUCAAUAAACAUUUCUGACUGGU